CAGAAACAAAUCAGACACCAUGGUUGACGCAGCUGUACUGGAAAAGAUGGAGGCUGGCUUCGCCAAGCUGGCUGCCUCGGACUCCAAGUCCCUGCUGAAGAAGUACUUGACCAAGGAAGUCUUCGAUGCUCUGAAGAACAAGAAGACCUCCUUCGGUUCGACUCUGCUGGACUGCGUCCAAUCUGGUUUUGAGAACCCCGAUUCCGGCGUCGGCAUCUACGCUCCGGAUGCUGAGUCGUACACCGUGUUCUCCGAUUUGUUCGACCCGAUCAUUGAGGACUACCACAAGGGCUUCAAGAAGACCGACAAGCACCCGGCCCGUGACUUCGGUGAUGUGAACGCCUUUAGCAACGUUGACCCGACCGGCGAGUACGUCGUGUCGACCCGCGUCCGUUGCGGUCGCUCGAUGGAGGGCUACCCGUUCAACCCGUGCCUGACCGAGGCCCAGUACAAGGAGAUGGAGUCGAAGGUGUCCUCCACCCUGUCCGGACUGGAGGGUGAGCUGAAGGGCAAGUUCUACCCGCUGACCGGUAUGGACAAGGCCGUCCAGCAGCAGCUGAUCGACGAUCACUUCCUGUUCAAGGAGGGCGAUCGCUUCCUGCAGGCCGCCAACGCGUGCCGCUUCUGGCCGUCCGGUCGCGGUAUCUACCACAACGACAACAAGACCUUCCUGGUCUGGUGCAAUGAGGAGGACCAUCUCCGCAUCAUCUCGAUGCAGAUGGGUGGCGAUCUCGGCCAGGUCUACCGUCGUCUGGUGACCGCUGUCAACGACAUCGAGAAGCGCAUCCCGUUCUCGCACCACGACCGUCUCGGCUUCCUGACCUUCUGCCCGACCAACCUCGGCACCACCAUCCGCGCCUCGGUGCACAUCAAGGUCCCGAAGCUGGCCAAGGACUACGCGAACCUGGAGUCCAUCGCCGACAAGUACAACCUGCAGGUCCGUGGUACCCGCGGUGAGCACUCCGAGGCUGAGGGUGGCAUCUACGACAUCUCGAACAAGCGCCGCAUGGGACUGACCGAGUUCCAGGCCGUCAAGGAGAUGUACGAUGGCAUCACGGAGAUCAUCAAGGCUGAGAAGGCGGCGCAGUAA